AUGCUAUUUUCUUCUUUCUUUCAGAGUAACAAGCCCCUUAUGGAAAGACGAAGACGGGCGCGUAUUAACAAUUGUUUGACUCAGUUAAAAAGUCUUCUCAUCCAGGACAUGAAAAAAGACAAUUCCCAUAUUUCAAAAUUAGAGAAAGCUGAAAUUCUUGAGUUGACUGUCCGAAAAUUGAAAAAACUCCAAGAAUUAAUCAAUCCAGAAGAUAAUCUUGCCUACCGCGAGCAUCCACGAUAUCGGGACGGCUUCAAUGAUUGCAUCAACGAAGUGAUUGAUUAUCUCUCCAAGAAAGAUUGCAUCAACACCGAAUUCCGUGCACGUGUCAUUAACCACUUGAACGACUCCUUCACCAAUAAAGGCAAAAACUUAAAACAAGAAAUGCCCAACAGAUUAAACAACCCGGAUGUCAAUACAAAACAAACGGAGCCGGUUUCGCCCGCGAUCGACUGCAAAGCUUUAAAGGGACUAACAUUCGGCCAUUCUCUCUCGGCACCUAUUGAGUCACGUGACGGGCACCCGAGGUCGCUUUGUGUGCUCAGUAAUCAGCCUUCCUCUCCGCCAUCGGUUCAGGCGGUCAGUAUGGACCCUCAAAUGAUCACCGCUAGUCACCGCCCAGUACAAUUCCACACAAACAGCCACAAACAAAGAACUCAAGCUUUUUGCGAAAUAAGCCCAAAGCAUUCUGAUCCCAACGAAUCCCAGAUGAUGGAUAUCUCCUCAAAUGGAACUACGGUUGUACGCAAUGUGCCUGCAACGGUAGACAUUGCAGAAAUUAUUCGAAACGGAGGUCAGAUAAGUGGAACAGACAGUAGCAACGGAAUGCCUAUUGCCUUUUUAGUGACCACUCCUCUGGCCAUUAAAGCCAUUCCAUUGUACACAUCAGUUGAUCAACCACAGCGACUGGUCACAUUAUCUCCCACGGGGACUACACACGGAACUCCUUCCAGUUCGCCUGUCGGUGGCCUUUCUCAGACACCUCAAGAGAGCACCGUCGAUUCUUUUGAAAUGAAAGCGGAUGGUAAUAUGUCUGAUUCUGCUUAUUCUACGGCCGAUGAAGGAGUUGCACCAAACUUGUCUCUGCAGAAUAAUACUCUCUCUCUCUCUCUCUCUCUCUCUCUCUCUCUCUCUCUCUCUCUCUCUCUCUCUCUCUCUUUCCUCCUCUUCCCCUAG